AUGUCCAUGCCCGACCAUGUUCUCCGCACACAAGCAGACCUAGGCGAACUGGACGCAUUCUACAACAUCGAUAUAUCCCCGCGCCGUUACAUAGCCCUGCACGAGUAUCACCAGAAUGAGCAGGACUUGCUUGCGCAGAUUGACUUUGAUGCGCUGGACCAGCAGGGUCGAGUGGAUUAUAUCAUGCUGCGCACGUAUCAUACGCGGCAGCUGAAUAACCUGGAUUUGGAGAAGGCGUCGCGGGAGGAGUUUGCGCCGUUGGUUCCAUUUGCAGAGGAGCUGGUUGGGCUUCUUGAGGCGAGGCAGAGUGUUGAGACUCUGGAUGCGAAGGGGGCUGCGAAGACGCUGGAUGAUAUUAACAAGGCUAUCACGCAGGUACAGGGUAAAGUGGCGAGCGGGGGGUUUAAUGUCACUGAGACGACUGGGUAUCUAGCCAGCAAGGCGAUAACGGAUCUCCUCGAUCAUCUGGGCGAGUGGUAUGGUUUCUAUUCGACAUAUGAUCCCCUGUUUGACUUCUGGGUUACGACGCCGUGGACAACAACGAAUACAACGCUUACCGAGUACCUGACAACCGUCGAGACAGAACUAGCAGGAAUGCACCAGAAAGGCAAAGAAGACGCGAUAAUCGGCGAGCCGAUCGGCCGGAAGGGCCUGGAGGUCGAGCUCGAAGCUGAGAUGAUCUCGUACACGCCCGAGGAACUAAUCCAGAUCGGAAACCAGGAGCUGGAGUGGUGCAUGGCCGAAGUCAAGAAGCAGUCGCGGGCUCUUGGAUAUGGAGAUGACUGGGCGAAAGCCCUCGAGCAUGUCAAGAAUGACUAUGUGGAACCGGGGAAGCAGACGGCGCUUGUGAGAGACCUCGUUAACGAAGGGAGUAACUUUGUGACGGAUCGCGACCUUGUUACUGUGCCCCCUCUGGCGAACAGUACCUGGCGCAUGGUCAUGAUUGGCGCUGAGCAGCAGAAGGUGUCGCCGUUUUUCCUGGGUGGUCCGACGAUCUAUGUCUCGUAUCCUGUUGUGUCGAUGGAGCAUGAUCUCAAGCUCAUGGUGAUGCGUGGGAAUAACAGGCAUUUUGCGCGUGCGACAGCCUUCCAUGAGAUGUUUCCGGGCCAUCGAUUGCAGCUUUACAUGGCGGACCGGUAUAACAGCCAUAGAAAGGAGAUCUUUGACACGCCGUUCUUUGUCGAGGGCUGGGCGCUGUAUUGGGAGAUGCUGUUCUAUGAGCGAGACGACUUCCACCACUCGCCUGAGGGAAGGAUUGGGGCGCUCUGGUGGCGGAUGCAUCGCUGUCUGAGGAUUAUUUUCUCGAUCAAGUUCCAUCUGGGCGAGAUGACGGCGCAGGAGGCGGUUGAUUUGCUGGUUGACACGAUCCAUCAUGAGAGAAGCACCGCGGAGGGAGAGGUAAGGCGAUCGGUGGAGGGCACCUAUUCGCCACUCUACCAGGCAGGAUAUAUGCUGGGUGCGUUGCAGCUAUGGAAGUUGAGAGAGAUGGUGGUGGUGGAUUCUGGGGAGAUGGGCCAGAAGGAGUACCACGACGCGAUCUUGAAGCUGGGCGUGUUGCCUAUUGAGAUGGUCAAGGCAGCUAUCAGGGGCGAAGAGCUCUCGCGGGACUUUAAACCAGGCUGGAAGUUCUAUGACUUUGAUUGA